AUGGCAGGGGUAUCGUCUAAUCCAGCGCCCGCAUGGAGCAAUAAAUACGAUGCUGCUCUCACCAAGGAGAUCAUCAACGGUCAACACAUUUUGCACGUAUCCUUCCUCACGCAGGACGCCGAGUAUCCAACAGUGUGUUAUCUUGUUGGCAAGAUUCUCAAAUACAGGGACGAUCCCGAAGCCUUGUACGUGCAUGGCCAUGUCCAAGAACCCGUCAUGGGACGUUUCGUAGGACGAGAAGAAAGCGACCCUGAUCUCCACGUCAGCGUUGUAGCAAGCACAAUCAAUAGCCUCUACUUCGGUUUCUCUGGUUUUGCCACCGGAUACGCGUUCGCCAGUACCGUGCUCAACGGAACCGCCAGUCUGAUGGACGUGUCUCCCGGAAACCAUGAUGAGAGAGAGUGGGUAAUGACGCAACUUAUCAAUUCGCAGAUCCCAGAUCAUUGGAGACAUCUUCGUCCCAUCGGGACAGACGUAGACUACGUCUCUAUCAUCAAGAUCACGCCGAAUGCCCUACAGUCUCACACUCAUUCAGUCCUAAAGGUUCUGGGCUUAGAAGUUCUAGAGGACGUCAAGGAUAAAAAGCUUUGCGAGGAGCAUUGGGAGGGCGCGAUUCCAGUGUGGGAGAAACUCGGUCAGCCAAUUUCUGGGAAGAACAAUCUCCCCGAGGGGAAGGAAAGAGUUGCGCCUGAUUAUGUUCAUAAAUUCAUCGCGGAGGAAAAUACGAGGAGAAAAAAGCUUGCAAAGGAGAUUGCGAGCGCGGAUUAUCCUUAUGACAACCCCGGUCAUCAUUAUGGUCCCUGA